AUGAAUUUGUUCAGCAGGAAGAAGAAGACAGAUGGUGACCUGACUCCGCGUCAGGAUGGAGGUCCAUCUCCGCAUGGAGAUGGCGUGGAGAAACCCCUUGGGGCACUGGACGGGGAUGUCGAGAAGAAAGGCGAGGUCGACCGAUCGAAGGUCAGGCUGUUCAGAGGGUAUACUUUCGCAAUGGCCGCGAUUGUGUCGAUUGGUGGAUUCAUCUUUGGAUACGACACUGGUCAGAUUUCUGGAUUCCUCGAAAUGAAGGACUUCCUGUACCGCUUCCACAACAGAGGAGACUCGUAUGACACCUGGGCUUUCACGGACGCCAUCUCUGGAACCAUCGUCGGUCUGCUCUCCAUUGGAACCAUGUUCGGCGCUCUGCUCUCAGCCCCGAUCGCAGACAAAUUCGGACGAAAGAUCUGUAUCAUUUUCUGGAACAUCAUGUUCUGCGUCGGAGUUAUCAUCCAGAUCACUGCAACCUUCAAAUGGUAUCAAGUCGCGCUUGGCCGAUGGGUUGCAGGUCUUGGUGUUGGAGGUCUCUCCGUUUUGACGCCAAUGUACCAGUCUGAAACCGCCCCUCGCCAAAUCCGUGGCUCCAUGGUCGGCACCUACCAACUCUUCAUCACCUUGGGCAUCUUCGUCGCAUACUGCAUCAACUUCGGCACCGAAAAGAACGAAAACGCCUCCGCCUGGCGAAUCCCCAUGGGCAUCGGCUUCAUCCCUCCGGUCCUUAUGAUCGUUGGUAUUGUCUUCCUUCCCGAAUCCCCUCGCUGGGACUACCGCCACAACAAGAUCGAGCGAGCCCGCACGACGAUUGCCCGUUCUUAUGGUGUGCCGAUCAAUCACUGGGAGGUCGACCGUGAGAUGCGCGAGAUCAAGGAGAAGUACGAUGCUGAGUUCGCUGGUGGUGGUAAGCCUAAAUGGUAUGAGAUCUUCACUGGACCUCGUAUGGCGUAUCGCACGCUCCUUGGUGUUGUGAUGCAAGCCCUCCAACAGCUUACUGGCGCGAACUUCUUCUUCUACUACGGCACGACCAUCUUCCAAUCCGUCGGCUUGAAGAACAGCUUCGUCACCUCCAUGAUCCUCGGCGGUGUCAACUUCGGUAUGACCUUCCCCGGCCUUCUCGUUGUCGAGAAAGCCGGUCGACGAGGCGCCCUCAUGAUUGGAGCUGCAUGGAUGUUCAUGUGCUUCAUGGUCUUCAGCUCCGUGGGUCACUUCCUUCUCAAUGAGAACAAGCAGACCGAAACCGCAGGAACAGUCAUGAUUGUCUUCGCCUGCCUAUUCAUCGCUGGCUACGCGAUGACGUGGGGCCCAGUAAUCUGGGUUGUAGUAGGUGAAUUGUACCCAACUCGGUACCGCACCAUGUGCAUGGGCAUCGCCUCCUCCUCCAACUGGACCUGGAACUUCCUCAUCUCCUUCUUCUCGCCCUUCAUCACCUCCGCCAUCGACUUCCAGUACGGCUACAUCUUCGCCGCCUGCUCCUUCAUCGCCAUCCCCAUCGUCUACUUCUUCCUCGAGGAACACCAGGGCCGUACGCUUGAGGAGAUCGAUACCAUGUACAUCACGCAUGUGCCCCCGUGGAAGAGCUCCAAGUGGGAGCCGCCCGAGGGCGAGGAUCUUGUUACGGCGGAUGCGUUGUUUUUGUCGCCGGGCGCGAGGCAGAUUCGGAAGGCGGAUGCCGCGGGGAUGGAGGGUGAGCAGAGGGUGGAGGAUGUGCCGCCACCUACGGAUCGACAUGGCGUGCAUGAUGUUUCUGGCACGGAGAUUCCUGAGAGUUCCGGGGUGAGGGGCGCGAGUGUUUCUGGAUAG